UUCAGUGAGGGACACCCAGAGACCCAAGGCAAAUUAUCACUAUACAAAAUGAGAGUUCUUUUGGCAACAAUUGUCUGCUUUUCCACACUCUCUGUGCUUUCAGAGGCUGUUGUAGUGAAAGAUGGAGAUUUCACUUUCUCUCUGGAGGCUGUGAAGAAGCUGAAGGAUUUGAUGGACAGCGUUGAGUUGAAAACCUCUCGCAUGUCCAGCUCUGCAGUGCUGUGUGCCAACCCAGCCCUGCCAGAGGAGUUCAGAGCAGUGUGCCAGAGCACAGACAUGAGCAUGGUCUUCUCCAGACUCAAAACAGUGGCUGAUCAUGGGGAUAUCUGUGAGAUCUGUGCCAUGGCUGCCUGCACGGGAUGCUUCUAA